UGUGUGAGCACGUGGGACAUUGCGUGCUUUGUGGGCUGUUAAAUUGACACAGUGGGGCCGUUUGUCAUGAUGGAUGUUCAGUGACAGUGAUGACAACAUCAUAAAAAGUGUGGGAGACGAGAGAAUUGUGUGAAAGUGAAAAAAAAGAAGCGUUGAAAAAUGGCAAAGUCAAGAAUACUUAGAAGGGAAAGACUGUUGAGGAUCCCCGAACCAGGGACCUUCAGCAAGCGUUUCCCCAGCACAGUGUCAACUUAUGUCGCAGAGGCGGAACCUGAAGGUGGUGUUGACUCCAUCGCCAUGGGGAUAGGACUAACCACCACCGGGAUCGUCUGGACCCUCGUCUCCUUCCUGGGGACCUGCCUGUGUUGUACGGGCUUCAUCUUCCCUUACUGGAUAACGGGAUCCAUGCUGGAGCACCCCGUCCACUUUGGCCUGUUCCGACGCUGCAACUACCCGACGUCGCGGGCGGAGAUCGCCGUCGGUUGCGGUCGAUACUCCAGCUUUGAGGACAUACCCACGUUGUCGUGGCAACUGUGCACGAUUCUGCUGGGCGUCGGGUGCGUGGUGUCCAUGCUCGUUGCGUUUACCGGGAUACUCGCCUGCUGCGUAAAGGAUUUGGUGACGCAGAGAGUCGGGAAAGUGGCUGGUGUUAUUCAGUUUAUUGCAGCUUGUCUUGUUGGGAGUGGGUGUGUGCUCUACCCCAAUGGGUGGAGUCAUGUGCAAGUCAAGGCGGCCUGUGGAGAGACUUCCGGAUCUUAUCAAAUCGGUGAUUGCAGCAUCUCUUGGGCUUACUCAGUGACGGCCGGAGGGUGUGGGCUCCUGCUCUUGGCGUCGAUACUCUCAUGCAAAGCCGGACCGAGGAAAUCGGUUCCUUAUGGGAUCUGACUAUCGAGCGAUCAUCAGUCCACGAGCCAAGACGAUAGCGAUCGGCAGAGUACCAGUCUUUAACUUUGCUAUGAUGGACAAGCUGGUGUUACCAGUGGAAUGGGUGCGCCUUAGAAAUGCUCGUGGAGUUCGCACUCCUAAAAAAAAAUAUGCUGGUGACCGGUGGAACAUACAUGUAACGCGCGGACUACAAGUUGGUUUGAACAAUUGGUGCUUCUUUGUUUGUGUUUAGUAACAACCAAAAACAUCCGAUGUUACCAGUUGAACAGGCAUGCUACUUGUAGAUAAAUGCCAGUACCAGUUAGGGUUGGUUUUGCACUCAUGAACGACAAUAGGUGCUUCUUUCUUUGUGUUCAUUGAAAAACAAAAAUCAGUUGAUAAUUCGUGAUCGGUGGAACAUGAAGUUUCAGAAGUGCGAUCAAACUGCAAAUUGUCUGCAAUAAUCUUAACAGACAUGGCCAAAGGAAUGAAGUACAUGAACAGAGUAACAGCUGUAUUUAAUAACAAUCAGCCUUUUUAUGCAUGGGCAACACUGGAUGUGGUGACCAGUGAAAUGUUCAGGCAUGAUUAGAGUGCUUGGGGAGAAUCGAUUGACAUAUAUUGUGAUGCUUCUCGUGUUGAUGGUAACAUAGUCGGUGGAUAUCGUCCGGAGGUGAAUUGUAACAAAGCCAUGAUGUGAAGAGUACACAAUAGGAGACUUUCCAACGCUAGGCGGCAGCAGACAUACCGGGUAAAUUUCC